AUGGCGACAGCAACACAGCCUAGUUUGACUACCUAUACAGAAGACAAUAAUGGACAUUAUGUAUUGUAUGAGGCGAAAUCAUAUCGACAAACACGUGAACGUACUUUUUUACAAUGGCCAUUAGGAUUGUAUCCAUGUCGUCUGAAGAUGAAAGAAGCGGGUUGGCUUAUUGUCGGUAAUGAAGAUGGAGAAUUAGUUGCUGUGUGCUUAUAUUGUAAAAUAGGAUGCAAAGGAUGGAAUUAUCGGCAUGACCCAUAUAAAGUUCAUAAAUAUCUUUCUCCAAACUGUGUUUUUGUUUUAUUUGCUUGUACAAUUCAAACUCCAUCAUCACCUAUUGUUGAAUCAAUGCCACGUCGUGAACAAGUUCGACCAUCAUCGCAUCCUAUGGCAAUAUUACCCGCAAGAAGAAACUCGUUUAGACAAUGGCCACCUGCAUCACUUCAUCCAUCAUUUGAUAUUCUUGCUGAUGCUGGUCUAUUUUAUAAUGGUCAUGGUACAAUAAUUGAAUGUUUUUCUUGUCAAGGUCAAUUAUCUGUCGUUGGAAUAAAUGAAAAUCCAAUGACAGCACAUGUUCAUAGAUGUAAAUAUGCUGUACAUCUACGAGAUCAAUCACAAAGAACUUCACUUCAGAUACAACCUUCACAUAAAGUUUAUAAAUUAGUUGAGAACACAGUGAAUAAUACAACUUUUUAUUAUUUACAAUGUACAUCUACUUCCAUACCUCUUAUAAUUUUAUCCGUUCUUAUUUUUCUUCCAAAUGGACAAGAAUUAGAAACUUCAGAUAUGAAUAUUAAACGAUUACAUCCUAAUAAUCAACUGCAACUAAAAACUAAUUGGGAGACAAGUUCUGAUGGACCAUUAUUUAAUAUUCGUAGAGAAUUUGCUCAUAAUCCUAUUGAUUUAAAUACUAUAUCAGAUGAUUUAAUAUGUUCAACAGAAGAAUCUUCAUCAUUAAAUAUAGAUAACUCUAUUGAUUCUGCAUUUCAAUGUAAGAGUUGUCUAACUGAUCAAGCAACUCCUCAUAUUGUUUCGAUGAGAUGUCGUCAUCUUGGACUUUGUUUUAAACAAUGUUUUCCCAAAUGGAUGACUUGUGUUACAUGUGGUUAUGCACUGGGAAAGACAAUACGUAUAUAUGGUGCUUAA